AUGGGAGAUGGGCACAUUGAGCUGACGCGCGAGUUGCGCGAACCUGCUUCUCCGGCCCUGUCGCACCCAGAGCAACAAAGAUGUUGUGGCCGACGUGUCUUGCUGUUUUUCGUGAUUUUACAUAGCUGCACGUUACUCUCAGAGAUCUUGGCCAUUCUGAACUUCCUGAUCUUUGCUAACUAUUCGAUGAUGUGUGCCAUGACUGUGCCAUUGCUACUCUCUGGUAUGGUUUGUGGCCAUGUUGCGUGGAGAGCAGAACUAACACAUUUGGAUUGCUCCUUCCUUCCGUUGAAAACGCAGACAUGGUAUUGGAAGGCUCUUCUGUGGAUGCCACUGGGUCUAUUUCAAGGAGUCAUUGUUUUGUUGGCCUGGGAUGAUUAUUUGGAGCAGUCCACCUACGACGAAUCUGAGUUUUUUGAAGCUCCUCCAGCUCCUGCCCCGGCAGACACCGGAGAGGGGCUGAGAAGAAGGGACAGCAACAGAAGCGAAGCUGGGAAUGACUGGAAUCGUUUUCAUUGCAAGGCAGUUUGUGCUCUUUGUGAAGGUUUACCAGCCAUCACUGUGAUCACCUGUGCUUGGUGCAGUCUGGAUUCUCCAGGCGAUCCAUUUACGACUUUUUUGUCGGCUGAGAAGUUUUUGUUGCGAAUUUUGGGUUUCGUCCUUUUUCUUUCAACGGGCUUCGGAAUUGUGGAGCUGGACUUCUGCUGCUCUGGCAAGCUUGCUAAGAAAAUGCAGGAGUCCGUCGGAUACGAAAUCAUACACCUCCUUUUCAGGGUCAGUGAAGUGCUGAGCAGAACUGUCAUGCAUGUGAUGUUCGUAAUCACUACAAGACGACUUUGCUGGUUCUGGUGGUGUCCGUCUGCAUCAAAUUUCAUUUUGUCCUUCUCGCUGCUCUUUUGGUACGGAGGCGAUGAGAAACGUUUUCUGGUGCGACUCCUCUGCAGUGUGCCUUGCACCUGGGUGAAUGUGUUCUUUUUUGUGGAUUCACCAUACAAGCGCAAGGCUGCCCGACGAAUUUCAAGGUGGUUGGAGCUAAGAUUUCUACUGGAAGUGGUUGCCAUGCCAUUGCUGGUCUGUUGGGCAGUGGCAGAUGCUGAUGCGUGGGAUGCCCUUAAGAUGCAGAUUACGAAUCACCGUAUCAUCUUGGUGAGUAUGCUGGUGUGUCUCAUGAUCUAUUUUAGUCUCUGGCUCUUCAUGCAGUUUCAGGUCAUCCGCCAGAUCGAUCAGAUUGACAUCUUCACAGCCAGCGAGCGUGGAGAUUUGCUUCGAGUGAAGCAAGCCAUGGAACAGCUGGUGGCUGAGGUCAGAGAGAUGACGUGUAGCGCCUCAGCAGAGAUCGAUUUGAACAAACCCGACGUGGAUGGCAACACUCUGCUGAUGUUGGCCGCCAGACAGGGCCAUGCUGAGGUUUGCGAUUUCCUAGUGAAGCAAGGGGCCUUCAUUGCCAUCGUACAGAAGGGUCAGAAAACAUGGCGGAACUGGAGCAAAGCUACAUGGCGAGAUUGGACUGCGUUGCACAUGGCUGCGAGGCACAACAAGGAACAGGUGAUAGGAGUGCUUAUCGACAAUGGUGCAUUGAAAGAAAAUCAACACUUUGUGGAUGCGACGGGACAGACCCCGCUGCACAUUGCAAUCGCUGCCAACCAAGUCCAAGCUGCUGAAGUUCUGGUGCUGAAGUGCCCAGCUUGGAUUUCAGCCCAGGACAAGAGAGGAAGAACGCCUAUGCAUUUGGCACGCAGUGAAAGGUUGAAGGCGAUUCUCAGUGCACCGCGGACAGAAGAGGCGGGAAUUCCUUCCACCAAUUCUUCUCAAAGUUGUCCCAGGCUCUACAGCCGUAGGCUGUCUUUCAUGGUGGGUGACUGGCAUGCGAUACCAUUGCGCAUCUCACGGAAACGUGUGCAGUUGGAAGCACUUGGACUCAGCUCUUACGUCGCUGCCAGCUGUGGUGGAGCACUGGGUCGACUUUGUCUCACAGAAGUUGCUGAAGGUCCAAUUACCAAUGCCGAGGAAGACUUGGCAUUUCGCUUGGAGGAUUUGGAAUACAUCAACGACCGAGCUCAACGCUGUCAGUCCUUUACUGAUGCAUUGAUUGGAGAAGGUGCAGGAGGUCGUGUCUAUCGCGCUCGCCAUCGUCUCCAGUCAUCUGAGUCAUCUCCAUACUAUGCGGUGAAGAUCUUUAGAACCAAGGGAAACACAGUGGGACGUGCACCACCUGAGGUGGCUCGAGAAUGCGAAGUUGGCACCUGUGUGCGUCAAACUCCUCACCCUUGCAUUGUUAGACUCUUCAGUAUAUUUUUUGAUGAAACUUCAGGAUUGUAUACUUUGGUCAUGGAAUUCUGUCCAAGCAACCUCUUCCAACAAGUGUUGUACGCCAAAGAGCGUGCCAUGAUCGGCCAACAUGGCUACUUCGGCUAUCAGCCACCUCCGCAGACACUGGAUUGGCUUGGGCAGAUCUUCCUGGGACUGGAGCAUAUGCAUCAUCGAUUGAAUGUCCUUUUUAGAGAUUUGAAACCUGACAACGUUGUCAUUGACUCGACUCUUUGUGCCAAAUUGGCAGACUUCGGUUCCGGACGCUUUGGAGCGUCCACCACGGGAGCAUUUUCCUUUGGACAUCCACCUGGCACUGUGGGGUAUUGCGCACCUGAAGUGCUACAAAGAUAUGCACAUGACGAAAGCGCAGAUCUCUAUUCGUUCGGAGUUGUGACAUGGUUGGUCUUCACCGGAGGCAUGCAGAACACCGGUCCUCCCAUUUCGCAACAACCCGAGUUUUCCUCUCACUUUUACGAUUGGGCGCAGCUACAUCAAUGCGUGACAGAUAAUUUCCCUCCUUUUCGAGGAAUGGAAGGAGCAGCUGAUCCCAUCCUCCAAGCACGACAGGCUGGGCAGUUCACAUGGUCGUUGUUGCAGGGACCCCGUGAGCGAAUGAAGCAUCGGGGUAUUCGUGCUCAUCCCUUGCUGGCGCCUUUGCAACUGCCGAGCUUUGCUGAUGGACCAGAACAGGUGGAACGUUGGCUGCAACGCCGCUUGGAGCUCCGUAAGGGCGACACGGGGCGGCCACGUUUCUCCACAGCUCCAACGGAGCAGCGACCCGCCAGCAGCGACGGCAGCGAGAUCGCAGCCCAUCUUGGAGUGGCAGAUCAAAGCCCACUAAGCCCAGGUGCAGUUAAGCUGACGCCACGGAACAUGGAUUGGGAGGCGCAACCUUCAGAGCCAAGCUCGCCUGUGGUGGCCACCUUCAUUCCGACAUCUGUCACAGCAGCGGCUGCCCGACUGCCCAUUGCUUCCAGAUUUCGCGAAGAGGAUUGGGAGGCGGAUCUGUUGGCCUGGAAGAAACGCUACGGCUGUGAGGCUGCAGAGCUGUCUGAGGAAUUGAGGCCUGCGGUUGCAGAGGCGUCAGCAGCGUCAACUGUUCCUGCGCUGUCGACUCCUUCGAUUCCUUCGGUUCCUUCGGUUCCCACAGCUCCAGCAACUCCGCCGAGCUAUGCCGCAGCAUUUGUGUGUCAUGCAGCACCUGCAGCACCUGCAGCACCUGCAGCACCUGCAGCAUCUUCCUUAGCUGCUCCAGGGUCGCAGGACAUGCGACAGGAUGUGGACAGCGUGGUCCCCGAUUUCUCCGCGGAGGCGCAAACGCCACCUGCAGCACCUGCACCACCAGCUGAGGUACCCAAACAUGUUGGCCUCAACAGUGUGGUCGGUCCUGAGCAGGUUCCCCCUGGCCGUCCUGAACGGCCUCCGAGCCGAAAAGACCGCGCGCAAGCCAUUGUGGUGGCCAAACCCCAGGAACCCAAAGUCGAGGCCUUGCCAGACGCCGGGCAGAAGCCCGCUUCCUACACCAAAGAGGAUUUGGAGAUCGCAACACAGACAGCCCGUAGCAAAGCUGCAGGCGAAGACGGAUGGAAGAGCGACUUCCAAGAGGCAGCCCUGGGUCUGCGUGACUUUUUCCAAGAUUUGAGGAAGAGCAGACAUCGAGAGAAAGGCCGACAAGCCACUGGGCCACUGUGGCUUCAUCUUGCGGCACAGGCGAAAAACCUGGCAGAUCAGUUUAACCUGGACCAGCUCCUAGAGGUCUUGAAACUCUUCUGCUCGGUCCGAUACGAGGACUACGAGCUCUACAUGCGAUUGUUGGGCGAGGUGCCACACUAUGUCAAGAAGGCGACCACUGAGCAGCUCUGCCAGCUGGCGCGCUUGCUGGCACGGCGACGCCUUCGGGAGCGCAACUACGUAGACAUGGUCGUGGCCCACCUGCUUCAUAAAGUGCGCGUGUCUGAAGAAGGACUCACUGUAAGGCUUCUGGUGAAGACAGCAAAUGCAUUAGCAGCAUUAGAGUGUAGAUCUCAGCCGAAGUUUGUGGAGCACUUCAAUCGACACUUCGAACAUCGCAUAGAGGAGCUGGAUGAGGAGAUGUGCUGCAUGGUGUCACCGGUUUUUCUGGUGAAUUACAUGAGUGAUGCUCUACGGCGGUCCUUCCUGAAGCGCUGUGCUGAAAUCCAGGCAGGCUUCUCCGGAGAAUUCCCCAUGCGUAAUCUCGCGUGCAUGGAAUUGGCCUUGCGCAAGGAGCAGCAUUCGUUGGUGGCCUCGUUGCCUUCCUUUGUUGUUCGCUACUUGGAGAAGGUGAAGGCGCAAUCAGAGUUCGACAAGUGGGGAUCAGUGGUUUUACCCAGCACUGUGGCACCGGAUGGCCCGAGAGGUGAUGAUCGCCAUGAGCUCUCGGUGGCUCUGCUCCGCAAGGCUGCAGGAACAAAGGGGAACUCCACAAGUGAUGUCUUCAGCUCCGAUAUGCACCGAGAUGUGAGCGCGUGUUUGACGCACUUGGGCAUCGAGCACGAGAAUGGUGUGGUGACAGGUCCAUACUUGCUGGAUAUUGUGGCCAAAGAUAUGGUGAAUCCUGCUCGCCGCAUUAUCUACGAGGUGAACUCUCCACAUCAUUUCUACGAAGGUACCAAGGCCUUGGUAGCUGACAAGCGCCUCAGACAUCGCUUGUUGGGUCGCCUUGGGCAUCAGCUCCACAUGGUCAAUGCAGCAGAUUGGAGGCCCCUCUCCGCUGCUGCAAAGAUGACUUUUCUGCUGAAGAUUCAGCAGGAACAGCAGGACAAGCAUAGUGAAGAGUACAAGCAGCAGGCAGCUGCCAACGUAAAUCGGGCGCCUUUGGCUUUGCGACCAGCUGCAAAGCAGCGAGAGCCGUUGAAGCUGAAGUCGCCGAAGGAUGAGUCUAAAGCUCCCAUCACUGUCCCAGUACCACCAUCUUUGCGACAACAGAUUCCUCAAUCAGUGACGGCGUAG